UCAACUCCAUAUCAAACUCUACGUUAAUCAGUAUUGACUAAUUGUCUGAAACCUGAAUUAUUCCUUUAUUUAUUAUGUAAUCUUUGCCAAAAUUGAUAUAAUAUUUUUUUUUUUUUAUAACUAUAGGUAAAUCAUUGUUGUAAACACAUAAAUAACUGUCUUAAAACAAUUCAAGUGAUGUACAGGAAAAUGAUUAAAAACUUAACAACAGUAAAUAGAGAAGCUUUAUUAAUCAGAAUGCUUUGUUUAUUAUUAACAAUAGUUGCAUAGGUUACCAUACAGAGUUGUGAAAUGCUUCCUUGUUAAUUGUUAUCAAACAAUUAAAACUCAUCAGCGGAACACCUAAUUGUCAACUAAAAAAUACAUAUUAUAUUCAUAGCCCCAUUGUUGUUUUGUCAUAUUGGUAUCAUUGUUAAUUGUAAAGCAACACAUUCAUUUCCUUAGUACACUGGCUUGGCAAAUAAAAAUAAAAAGUUCUUUCUACUUAUAUUAUUAAUUCUGUUCUAUGAGUAACCUCACGUUCUACCAAAACACAAGUCAACUGUACUUUACAUAUAUUAGUCUGUAUCUACUAAAAAAUAAUUUGGGGUGUUAACAAACCAAAUAACACAGAGAAAAUAAUCAUCCUAAAAUAAGACUUGUCACUCUAGGUCAAUUAAGUAAACAUAACCCAAACCAAAGACAUAACUACUUGCAGAAUGAAUACACAACACCUUUUAUGUCAACAUCAGAUCACCUAUGUGGGUGGUGCUUAGGUGCUAACAUAACAAUAUUAAUAGCAUAAAGAAACACUAAACAUAUAGACAAGUGUUGGUGUCUAAUCAAGUGUAAUGUAUCUUCCAUAUCUAUCUAAAAUUCAUUUAAAAUAAACAAUUCAACAAAAAGUUCAGAAAAACAACAAAUAUUGUAAUUUCAUUUACACAAUGUUAAAAACAAUCACAAAAAUAUUAAGCAGUACUAACCCGUAUCCAUUAUCAACAGUUCGUCGUAAUAGCUUACACUAAAAGUUUGUACAUUUACGUACCAACAGCUUAUCUCAUACAGCAAACAAUACUGAAACAUUUGCAGAACUAAGUUAUUUACAAAUGCCGGGAUCACUCAGGCGUAACUUUUCUGAGCUCCAUCGAAAUAAAAGAAUUCUAAGUAGAUUUAGAAGUCUCCAAAUUUUCCCAGCGUUUAUUUUGUACGUUAAAAAGGGUAUAACCCAACAGAUGGUUUGUUUUAAUUGUUGACGUAACAUGGUUUAUUAUUUCGUAUUCCCAGGCUAUUGUUAAACAAUAGAACUUAAUGAAGUGUUUGUAUUUUCCCCUAAAUUAGAAAAAAAAACGUAGAACCGAAAAUACGGAUAUAUUUUAGUUCUUACCAUGGGUUAAGCUACUAACCUUACCGUCUGAUUUCUUAGGUAGCAUAGGUUUUGAAAGAUGACUAAAUCUGUGUCGUCCACUAAUGCUUGCAGCGGCCACGAAAUAAAAAAACAAGUGUCGUUCGGGCGCAGUCGAUCCACACCCCAAGUGAUUCGGAACCACAGCUCGACAAUACAAAGUUGGAAAAAAGGAAGCAGCGUCCCAACUCUUCGUUCGUCCGUUAUAACUGAAAAACAAGAUAACAAAAUUUGCAAAACAACGGCAGAAGUAACAACUCCCGUGCCCAUUAAAACACAGUCCUUCUUGAGUUCUGAAAAACUUGUCGUCGAUGCCGUCACGACUGUGCUAGAUGACUUUAUAAAAGAAAGCUUGACAAGACAAGAAGACAAACUUGAGAUAGACAGUAAUCACCAAACAAACAACCCUGCUUUACCUGAAGCUGGCAAUAUAGCAACAAGUAAGCGACAUAAACGCACAAUUUUGAAGCUAAUGUACAACCACCUAAAUCAUACCAAACUGGCAAAACGCUAUACAACACAAUUAUUUAAGGUGCCCGGCCCCAUGCGCAAUCCAAAAUGCCAUAAAAUAAAACAAUAUACAAAUAUAGAUGCAGUCAUUUCAGCUUUGGACGAUAUUGUUGGAGAGACGUGGACAGGAAGUGAGGACAGCUCGGAUAAGUCUCUAAAUGCGACCAGUACAAGGCCAGCAUCUGGUAUGAAGCUACACGGAGGUAAAAGACAAAAACAAGCAAUAAACGAAGUAUCUUCAAGGCACUCUGUAAAACCCUGGUAUUCUUCAUCAACCUUUGAUAAAAAUGCAGCCGAGUUUUUGGUCAACUGCUCGUCUAGUUCAUCCAGAUCGUCAUUGGGAACCAGCAACAAACCGAAACGGGUGACCUCCGCUCGGUCGCGUAGCAGGACUUUUGGUCGCGGGUCCACUGGUGAGAUAAGACGGCCAGCUUCACUGAAACCGACGACUGUCCAAUAUAAAAAGGAACCGACGAAUACAAAGAGUCUUGUCGUUCAAGGGAGCACGUUGGAGAAACCCAAACUCGAAAUAGAAGAUAACAAGGUUGCGGACGAAGUCGCUGGGACAACGGAUGUGCCAAUACAAUCUGAGGACGAUACAACGAAAGCAGAACGUGGAUCUUCGGUCCCUUCAUCUAUCAGUGAAGUAAUAGAACCAAUGGUUCGACCUGCUCGUGUAUUCAAAUUUGAUGAAAAGUUUUCGGGAUCGAAAACAGAGACAACAGUAAUAAAGCCUACAAGCGCGAAGAAAGUACGUGAAAGAAAAUCGAGUCCAACAAAAAAGACAAAACUCGACUUUCACAUGGAUAGCGGAAAGGGAAUUUGGAAGACCGUUCUGAACGAAACACAAUUAAAUGCUUUCCGAAGACUAUUCUCGAGAUUCGACCGAACCAAGAACGGCGCUAUCAGUGCGGCAGAACUGUUUCAAGCAACACUGGAGUUACUUCCAGAUACGGGGUCCGAACUUUCCUUAAAUGAAGUAAGCCAGAUAUUAAAAGAGUUUGACAUCAAAGGAACUGGAGAAAUUGAAUUCGAUGAAUUUCUCUUCGCCAUGAUCAACCCGAAGAAUUACCUCAAAAUUAUGAGUGAUGAUGAUCGUGAAAACCUUGCUAAAGAAGUCAAAAUCUUCGAAGAAAUCACUAAUGCCCGUAACAAAACGUUAGGUAGCAAAUCAUCUAAAAAAUCGAGUCCGGACGACAGUUUGACAGACUUACGGAGGAACCUCUUCUUCACAAUGCUCAAGACGGCAACAAAAAAGGACUCGAUGAAAGAAAUCCGACAUUUUUAUGUGAACAGAAUAAAGAAACUCAACGAUCACGUGAUACAUGACUGGUCAGCAGGACAGAGGUGUAUCGGUUUGUCAUACCAAGAAAUGAUCAAACGGUACGAACACAUCACCAAAGAGUUAAAAGAUAAAAAGUCGCCUUUCGCCGGAAAGAAAGAAUACAUGGAUUCACCUUACGCACAACCGCUUCGGUGGGGUUGUAAUGGGCUUUUGAAGCAAGAUGAACCUAAAAGAGUUAAAGGCGCACGGGACAGUUAUAGAAAGUCGAGUACUUAUUCAUACGAAGGUCGUGCAAGAUCAGCACGACCAGCAUCAGCGAGGAAAACUGACGGGAAUACAGGAAUCCCGGUUUCAGUCAGCGAAGCAAAUCAACGAAACGAUGUUCAGAUACAGAGCAAAGUGGAUAGCGCAAGAGCAGCUCAUCGAGUAAAGAUUCGUGAUCACAGAAUAGUCGAUGAGUUGCAACGAACUUACUCCACCCCGGCCUCGAAACUAGAGAAAGUACCAGUAGAAAAACGAAGAGCUGUUUCUGCAAAAAAGAGGACAGCCCCACUGCGGAGGCCACGUAUAUCAGAAUUUGUAUGCACUCCGAAAGUUGUACCGUUACCGCGCUAUCCACUUCAGUCAUAUCCACAAACCUUUAACUACGACGACCUACCAGAAAUAAGACAGAAGGCUGCUGUCAUUCACGAAGAUUAUUACAAUGAGUUACGGAAAGUUGCUGCCACAAACUCUAGAACUAUUUACAAACAGUUACAGGUUGAGCAGAUGAGACCAACCAUGAGAAACCACUUUAAAAAAUCUUACCUCGCAUAUUCUGGUGAUUACGAACCUUUCGUUGUGUCGCCAUGGAUUCCAUUCCCAGCCCCUUCACCGUGGAUACCGUAUCCACCGCUGGGACAGAGUCAGCCGAAAACGGCUUGGAGCUAACUUUGUUUUAGAACAAUCCGCACAGAAUAAAACAAUGGCGCCCUUUACUUCAUAUCUAUACCGUGCAUUACGCACUUGGACCAAAUCGAUGUUUAAACCUGCUAUUGGUUGCUAAACUGUCGACGUAGGUACUGUAUACACUAUAUAUAUGGAUAACAGAUAAGGCGAAUGAACUCCGGCAAAAUAUGUUUUGUUUUUGUCAAUUUUGUGAAACAGUGUAAUUCUAAGCUGCCUGGCAAGUACUGCGAGAGUAACACACGAGAAAGUGCAUUUCCCAUUCUUUUUAGUUAGAUAAGCCUUGCACACAAAUUUCAAAUCAAAGAAUAUUUUAACGGCAAAUUAUGUCAUUUUUACUGUAUAAGGUGAAACACUCCGAAACUUGGGAGAUCGCUGUAGAGUGCUAGAAACGCAAUAACCAUUGCACCGAUAAAUUUCUAUAUAUAUAUACCACAACGCGCGAAUCCAAACAUUAAAGUACCGACCAGACAAAACAGUAAUUCACCAAACAAUUCCAGAAUAGAUAACCAUGUCAUGACAAUUAAACGGCAAAAUGCAAAACAGUGUAAACCAGACCGUAAAUGCAUGGAAGGCUUUCAGUCUAACAAGAGCAGCGUUUACACCAUAACGAGUGUUUUAUAUCCUUAAAAUAAAGCACUAUUUAAUCUAGCAAAAAUUACCUAAUAAUUAAAAAAUAUGUGCCGGUGCAAAAAUAUUUUCUUUUGCCCAUUUCGGUUUGUAAAUACCUUGCCUGACAUUUAGUAAAUGAUUAUUUACCCACAGACUUUUUACCGCCCGUAUAACAAUCAUAAUUUUGCAACAAAUUUUGAAAAACAGUCAACAGCUGUACACGCUAAGUCCCCCGUAUUUUCACAAAAUUAAUAUGAACAUUAAUCACAGUUUCAAAUAAUGAUCAUGACAAUAAAUACGAUGCGCGGUGUUGUAGCUAAAACCAACUUUAAACAUAACAGUAAAUGUC